ACAAUAUUCACUAUCUGUGAAGUGAGAAGUCGGCAAGUGAACGGGGCAGGGCGUAGGCAGCUAGCUAUGAAAUCAAAUACUUAAUUCAAGUAUUUCGUUUAAAAGUUACUCUAAUGAUAUAUUGAAACUUAUGCUUUGUUUCCAUUAGGAGGUUGUGACAUUCAAUUAGUAUCGCAUUUUGUUCAAAGUUUGCAGCUCGACGCUAGAAACAAUGAAGAACAGAAGUUUGGCCGGCAACUGUGGCAUUGGGGUGUUUGUCAUUGCCCUUGUGACGGUGGCAUUGGCAUUCGGCACGCCGAACUGGCUGGUCAGCGACUACAGGAUAAAGGGGUCCAGGCUGGACAGAUUAGGUUUAUGGAGUCAUUGCUUUAGGUCUCUCCCCGAUCCGUAUGACCAAUACCAAAGACGCUUCUUUGUGGGCUGCCGCUGGGUCUACGAUCCGUUUACCACGGGCUACGAUAGAAUACGAGGAUUUUUAUUGCCGGGUUUCAUGAUCGCGACUCAGUUUUUCUUCACACUAUGUCUCCUUGGUGUGCUGAUUUCGACCAUCCUAGUGCUGAUAUUCUUCCUCUGUUGCGGUCCUGACCAAAACCGAUUCGUGACCUUAAUCAAGACUAUCGGAUACAUCAUGUUGAGCGCAGGUAUCUGUGGAGUAAUAGCAGUCAUCAUAUUUGCAUCGCUGGGCAAUGCCGAUGGGUGGAUGCCGAACCAUGAAAAUAACUAUUUAGGUUGGUCAUUCGGUCUGGGAGUGGUCGGUGCCGUCGCUUGCCUCAUUACGGCGGCGCUCUUCCUGGCGGAAGCCAACAUCCAGCACAAAAAGCGGAAUAAGCUCAAGGAGUCGCAAGCUCAGUUCGAAAUGGAACAGGAUUCCAAAGCAUAACAAGAAAUGACGUUGCAUCUCCUUUUAGCCUCGGAUACAUCUGUAAAUUUUACUUAGUAAGUAGGGGUACCAAAUCUAUUUUCUAGAAGGAGAGAACAACUACCUCCUUAAGUAAAACUUACAAAUGUAUACCGGC